CUUGAUUGUAAGCGUUUUUUACGUGUUUUUCAAGUGUUUUUAAUGCUUAAAUGUCAUUUUCUAUGUCAUUACAAGAUUUCCUUUUGUUUGUAUCGACUUACUCACUGAAUGAAUCCACCCUCGCGACGAAAUCAAUCAUUACUUAGCUGGUAUCGCUUCAACAUGUUUACGAAUCGUUUAAAGCAAAACAGUGAAAACGAGACGAAAUUCGUCCAGGAUAGAAUUAACUUGGCUGAACGUAAUGUUGCUGAACUUACACUUGGUUUUGGGACGUAUUCACGUAAAGCAGCACGUCUGAGAGAUGUUGGUGAUGAAUUAACAACAAUUUUACAACAAUAUGCUAACGCAGAGACUGUGAAUCAGUCAUUUAGCAAUGGACUCAAUCGUUUUGCUUCGUCUUUGAAUACUAUAAACAAUUAUGGAGAUAAACGCGUGCAGUAUAUUGAUAAUAAAGUUGUUGCGCAGUUACAACCCUAUGAAACAACUUGUAAGAAUAUGAGGGAAGGUGUGAAGAAUAUUUACAUCACUAAGGAUAAAGAAGUGUUGCGACAAAGACAAUUGGAUAGAAUUAAAGAGAGAAAUCCAAGAAACAGGCAACAAAUUGUAGAGGCUGAAUCAGAGCUUGUACAAGCCAAGUCUGAAGUUGCAAGGACAAUUCACAACCUAGAGGAUAAGUUGCUAACGUUUGAAAGGCAAAAAUUGCAUGAUUUGAAGGAAAUCUUAUUGGAUUUUGUCUGUACAGAGAUUGGGUAUCAUUCAAAAGCGAUUUCAUUGCUUACUGAGGCUUACACAAACAUUGAUGCAAUUAAUAUUGACACAGAUGUUGAGGACUUACAAAGAGUUUUUGAUGAACUGGAUCCGAAAUUUAAAGCUUCUCUACGCGAUCCUAAAGAUAAUAAAGCAAAACAACCUCUUUCUAAACAUUCUCAAUCACUUGGAGCAAUCAAUACAGCAGGUUUAAACACAAAGAAACCCCAAAAACAAAAAUCUGUCAGUGAAGAAGUCCUAAAUGAAAACGAGGAUGAAUCUGAAGCAUCUGAAACAGAAUUCACUGAUUCAGACUCCGAUCCACCUGCUGUUACAAAAAAGAAACCAACUAGGAAGUUUGUACAAUAAAACAACUACUAAAUAAUAAGGAAUCAUUGGUCUUAUUCUUAUCAUCUUAUACAAUCUUAAUAUAGCACACACACUUAUUACAUGAUAAAUAUUAUUAACUAAUAUCUAAGCUAAUGAUGAUGGAUAUAUCUAAAUGAA